AGCCCUCAGCGCGCCGGAAGCGGGGGGAGAGCCGCUUCCGGGUCUGGCGUGUGGCGGAGCGGUAGCGGCGGCUGAGGGGGAGCGGCGGCGGCGGCGGCGGCGGGGAUGGACGUGACCGGGCCCGAGACCGACUGGCGCAGCACCAACUUCCGCCAGAAGCUCGUCAGCCAGAUUGAUGAAGCUAUGAGGAAGGCUGGUGUUGCCCAUAAUAAGUCCAGCAAAGAGAUGGAGAGCCACGUGUUUAUGAAGGCCAAAACAAGGGAGGAGUAUCUUUCUCUUGUGGCCAGACUUAUUAUCCAUUUUCGAGAUAUCCACAAUAAGAAAUCUCAAGCCUCAGUCAGUGAUCCCAUGAAUGCCCUGCAGAAUCUGACUGGGGGUCCCCCAGCAGGGGCACCUGGAAUGGGCAUGGCUUCCCGAGCUCAAGGAGCACCGAUGGCUGGGAUGGGUGGCCUUGGCCCAAUGGGACAACAGAUGAGUCUCCCAGGGCAGCAGCAGCCUCCUGGGACCUCGGGAAUGGCCCCUCACGGUAUGCCUGGUGUCUCUACAGCUACUCAGCAGACCCAACUUCAGCUUCAGCAGAUAGCUCAGCAGCAACAGCAGCAGCAGCAGCAAUUCCAGCAGCAACAGGUGGCUUUGCAGCAGCAGCAGUUCCAGGCCCAGCAGUCAGCCAUGCAACAACAAUUUCAGGUCCAGCAGCAGCAAGCAGCAGCAGCUGCAGCAGCCCAACAGCAACAGCAGCAACAGCAGCAGUUGCAAGCCGUCCAGCAGCAGCAGCAGCACAUGCUGAAACUGCAGAUGCAGCAGCAGCAAAACCAACAGCAGAUGCAGCAGCAACAGCAGCAACAGCAACUACAGCGAAUUGCCCAAAUGCAGCAGCUGCAGGCAGCGCAGGCUAUGCAGGCACAACAGCAGCAGCAGCAACAACAGCAACAAAUCCCACAGCAGCAGCUACAGCAGCAGCCACCUCAACAAGUAAUGCAACAGCAGAUUCAACAGAUGCAGCAGCAGCAGCAGCAACAGCAGCAGCAGCAGCAACAGCAGCAACAGGUUGCUCAGGCACAACAGUCUCAGCUUCCACCACAAUCCCAGCCUCAACCCCAGCCCAUGGUAUCUCAGGCACAGGCAAUCUCGGGACAAAUUCCUGGUCAGGUUAUGCCUGUUACUCUCACGCCACAGCAAUUAAAAGCAAUGCAGGUAAGAGCUCAGCUGGUCCAGCAGCAGCAGCAGCAGGCAGCAGCAGCAGUACAAGCAGCUCAGGCUCAAGCUGCUCAGAUGGGAGCUUCAGGGCAGGUGAGCCAGAACAAUAUUACCAUGAUGUCAUCCCCAUCUCCUGUCCAACAAGCUCAGACACCCCAAUCAAUGCCUCCACCACCACAGCCACAGCCAUCUCCUCAACCAGGCCAACCGACUUCUCAGCCAAACUCAAAUGUGAGCUCUGGUCCAGCUCCAUCACCCAGUAGCUUUCUUCCCAGUCCAUCUCCACAACCAUCCCAGAGCCCAGCAGCUGCACGAACACCUCAGAACUUUAGCGUCCCAUCCCCAGGUCCUUUAAACACUCCAGGAAAUCCAAACUCUGUCAUGAGUCCAGCCAGCUCUAGCCAGUCAGAGGAGCAACAGUAUCUGGAGAAACUCAAACAGUUAUCAAAAUACAUUGAGCCACUCCGUAGGAUGAUCAAUAAAAUAGAUAAAAACGAAGAUAGGAAGAAGGACCUGAGUAAAAUGAAGAGUCUCUUAGAUAUCCUGACUGACCCUUCAAAACGAUGCCCUCUGAAGACACUGCAGAAGUGCGAAAUUGCUCUGGAAAAGCUGAAGAAUGAUAUGGCUGUGCCUACUCCACCUCCUCCCCCAGUGCCCCCCACCAAACAGCAGUACUUGUGUCAGCCACUUUUGGAUGCUGUCUUGGCCAACAUCCGUUCACCAGUCUUCAACCAUUCCCUUUACCGUACAUUUAUGCCAGCUAUGACUGCAAUUCAUGGCCCGCCGAUCAUGGCCCCAGUUGUCUCCCCUCGAAAGCGGAAAUAUGAAGAGGAUGAAAGACAGACCAUACCGAAUGUCUUACAAGGGGAAGUUGCAAGGUUAAAUCCUAAAUUCCUGGUGAACCUGGACCCCUCCCAUUGCAGUAAUAAUGGCACCGUUCAUCUUAUAUGCAAGAUAGAUGACAAGAAUCUUCCAAACGUCCCGCCACUACAGCUCAGCGUUCCAGCAGACUAUCCUGAUCAGAGCCCUCUGUGGAUAAAAAACCCUAGACAGUAUGCAGCCAAUCCCUUCUUGCAGUCAGUGUAUCGGUACAUGACUUCAAAACUAUUGCAACUUCCAGACAAGCAUUCAGUCACGGCACUCUUAAACACCUGGGCACAAAGUAUUCGCCAAGCCUGCCUCUCUGCUGCAUAACAUCUCACUUUCUAAAUCGUGAAUCAAGAAAUAAGGUCUUGAAAGCUGGCCUUUUCCACGUGCCAUUGGAAAACCACAGGCAUUUUGGGGAGGUUACUUCAGAAGAAAGAAGCCUUACGUUGUUUUGUUUCUAGGUGUCGGGUUCAGUAGAGAACCUGGUGUUAGAUUUAGCUUUCAUGCUCUUUAUCUUCUGCCUCUGUGGACUGUGCCAGCAUUUUCAAAUAUACAAAAUGUGUAUAUAUGGUUCUUGAGACUGUAUUAGGAGGAGUUUUUAUUGUCUUCUUAGAGAAGAAAUUAUUUGUGGACUUCCAUCAGGGAGUCUGAUUGAUAAAAGAGGAAGCAGGGAGAGAAUGCUCUAAUUUGCUUCAGUUUGCAGAGUGCCAGUAUUCCUUUCACAUUGUACGUUUUGUGACCUGAUGCCACCCCAGAAAUAAAUAAGCUGCAGCUAGAACGUGCUUGCAAACUUCCCAGUUUUGGAAGGAAUCUUUUGCCUAUUAGCUUUGUCCAGGGAUGGGAUAAAUUGUAGCCUUUUAAGGGCAUCCCUCAAAUAUGUGAGAUAAAUCUGGGUAAUUAUACUGGGGGAGAGGGGAGACUAAAUAGAAGAAAAAAUAUUUUAUAGCUUAUUUUAAAUGCUACUUUGUAUAAAUGGUUUUUGGUUAGCAUGGACCACAUUUCUCUUGCUUCAAAAAUGAGGUGAUCAGAAAGAGGAGAUACUAGUGUGCACACUGACUUCCCCUGUAAGUAUAUGUGUGUAAAGGUGGUGGUGGUGGGGAAACAACAGUUUAAAGCUCUAGUACCAGAAAUCAAUCCAGCAGGCUUGUAGCUACAUGUUGUCUCUUACUGAUGGAAUAGAAUCAAUCUCUAAGGCAUCUGUCUUACUUGGGGGAGUUGAUGCAGUUUAGUGGAAAUGCUUCCAUAAUACAUGGUAUUUUUUUUUGAGAGUGAAGGAAGAAACAGGAGCCGAACUGACAACUAAUAUUUUGUGCCUUGAGCAAUGAUGGGCACUCAAGCUGGUCACCAGCUGCUAUAUGGUUGGGCACUUCUAAUGAAAACACUUGCCAUGAGUAACUAUAAAUUCAUGCAUAGUGUGAUUGUUUUUUUCCCCAUUCUUGUAAUUUGUUCACUCUUAACUUCCUAGUGCAGAAAAAUUUCAAAUUUCAGAUUUUCCCAUUACAUCCUGCUCCACCUCCCUGUACUGUGCAGAAAACCUUAAAGAGUAGCUGGACUCUCUUACAGUAGUGUCAUGAAAUUGCAAUGACCUUUGUAAAUCUGUGUGAUGUCAUCACUUCUGGGAUGUUUUUUAAAUGUGGGUACUUAGUAAGCACUGACUGAGGCAGCAGAAUGCUAUCAGUAUUUUGUACAUGAACUAAUGCAUUACCUGUUUGUUUCUAUUGUAAUAAAUUUAUUAUUAUUCCUGUGUUGGAUGCUAACAUUAUACUGCUCUUCCCAUGUUGAUCCUCAGAUAUCAGUUCUGUUGCAUCCAUUGGAUGAUGGUUACUUUGUUCUAUGGUAAGUGAAAACUCAUACGCUUUGAAGGUUUCAGGAGAAGAAAUCAUAAAUGGCUCUUCGUUCCAUGCAACACUAUCUCUGCUGUCCUCAUAGUGAAUUGGAAGACCUGGUCAAGAGAUUAGUAAUGGUGUCUACAAACAAAAGAUGUAGCUUUUUAACAGGUACUGUUACAUGACUGCCUCUUUGCAGCAAAAGAACCAGUGGCAUCAAUCCAGUUCUUGUGGAGAGAUGUUCACGUCACAAAAGCUUUGUCUGGUUAUUGUAAUACAUAAUUGUCAUAACCCAAGAAAUGAGGAUGGAGACUUUUUUUAAGCUAUUGCUACGGUCUAAAACAGACAUUUAUAGCAUUUGUUUCUUAAUUUGGUUAAAACAUACCUGGAAAUGGAUGCAAAACAUACUGUAAAUGUCCCUCAGGUUUACAAUACUUCCCUUAGUGCAGUUUUCAGAACUGUCAUUGUGGUUUUCCUUCAAACAAGACAUAACAAGUUGUUAUACUGAGAGGUCGAUGUGGGGUGGGCAUCCUACCAUAAUGCAACAUUUCACUUGCGAAAUAAAUAUUGAAAACUGGAAGUUGGUCAUGUUCCUGCAGCACAUCAGGUUAAUAGCUUGAUAUCAACAUAGAUGGGUUUCUUUUCUGUUGAUGGGCAAACCGUCAUAAGCUGGCAUAGAUCUUAAUAAAUAAAUGUAAUGUUAUUCCCAAAUCCUUGGAAAGGUGCACCAAAUUGGGAAUAAAUUAUCAUUAAUGUUUGGGUGCUUUAUCAGCUGUCAGGGGCACAGUGAUUUCAAAAUUCAAUUCAGAAAAUGCAUGUUAUGAACAAUUCAGGGAUUCAUACCUUUUAGAAAUAGACAAGUAUGUUGUGAAAUCAAAAAUACGGAAGCCUGAUCCUUUCAUUUUUUGAACAAAUGGCGUACAAAAUGAAGUCAUAAUCAGACUUUACUUGAAAUGAAGUGGUAAUAGCAGCUGAAACAUUUGUUGUAGAAGUACAGUGUAAAAGGUCAAAGCAGUCCUAAGGAAACAUGAAGAAUAAGAGUGCUGAAUUCAAGAACGUUUUGAAGAUGGCUUCUUUGAAUAGCACGAGUUCUCUGUUUCUCAACAAAGUUGUUCACUAGUUUCUUUCAUUGGUGGCAAAAUUGCCUUUUUUAUAACAGGCACUGGGUGGCUAUCGAUUUGAUUGCUAAAUAAAUGUUAUUGUGAUUGCCUG